AAAUAAAAUAUUGUACCAAUCUAUUUAAAGGAAGGCUAUACCAAAUCAUCUUAUAAAUAUUUACAAAUAAUGUUCGCAUAUGUUGUCGCGUCAGAUGGUUGAACGGCCGUGACGCAAGGAUGCCAGAACACCCUUAUCAGAAGGAUCGGAGUUAGAGAUGCUAGUAGACUCGGAUCUCGUGCGGCCUUUUCGAGUCGUAAAUCCGAACCGAGAAACCCGAGCAACGCUCGUAAGAAAUAGAUCGACGAGCGCUAAUGUGAAACGACCGUCAUUUCGGAAGGCCUGCCCUUUCGGACUCAACGGCCAGCAAGAUGCCACGGUAAAAAGGAACUGUGGCCAAGCACACGAAAGUGCUGAGCUCUGUCACACUAGAAGCGACUGAGUCGUUUCUGCGGCGAAACGCCGAUGUCCUGUGGACGCUUGAAACGAGAGCUCAGCGUGCUCAAAGACGCGAUCGCGUCGCUUGUCAAAUCGCCAAGAUCCUUGACGGAUACUUGGAAGAGAGAGAGAGUUCGCAAACUCCGAAGGAGACGGCCCUGCCGCUCCUGAAAGCCAAGUUCCUCGACGGACGCUUGGAAACAGAGUUCACCCGUCCCACACGGAGGCGACCAUGGUGUAAGAAUAUAAGGUGAACCAUUCCCGUGGAUGCGUAGUAGCCACCAAUCAGAAAUUUGCCCCAAACUUUAAAACACCAAUAUGGCGACACAUUGAAACAAGUGAGGUAUUUUAAUACAAUGCCAUCGUGUUGUAUAAAGAAUUGCAAAAGUCGUACAUUUUACACCGACAAAAAAAAUAUAACAUUCUUUAGAUUUCCAAAGGAAAAAGUGAUAUUAGAGAAAUGGAUAAAUGCUUGUGGAAAGAGUGAAGACAACAUAAAAAUUAAUUCUGGAAGGAUAUGCAGUCUUCAUUUUGAAGAUAACUGUUUUGUAAUGCGAUGGACAUAGCCAAAAUCUACUAAAACAUGUAUGAAACAAAUGAAACGACUCAAGGAGGGUUCUAUUCCCACAAAAAUGUUACUAUUGGAUAAAAGCAGGAAAAGAAGAAACAAAAAAGGAAUAAUGUCAGAUAGUGAUCAUGUUUCUGUAAUGACAGGAAAAAUGUUAAACACCGAAAUAUCUAAACAGCAAAUGAGCGAAUUACCCACUUGUCUACAGAUUGAACAAUGUAUCCAGGAAAAUAUAUAUAGUGAAGAAGAUAAUUUUGAUAAACAGAACUCUCUUAUAUCAUUGAACAACGUGCUAAGAGAAAAUGAAAACCAAAAAAGUGGAAACUAUGAUGUAUCUGAGACGUUAUUGCAAAAGUUACGAUGUUUUGAAAAUGAAAAUAAGAAACUUUUACAAGAGAACAAACAACUCAAGAAGAAAAAUGAACAAUUGAACACACAAGUAGAACAACUGCAGAUAAGUGUUAUGCAAAAUGCUUCUAUGAUACAGGUAAUGGAAAUAGAUAAAAGGAAAGAAGCAAAUAAAAUAGUCGUUAAUACGUUGUGAAAGGUACACCAGGACAGAUAAAAAGUAUUAUGUCACCGAAUAAUACUCGUAAAAAAUGGUUAUCCGAGGAUAUCAUGCGUCUAUGACCAUGUUUACACAACAACUUUAUCUAACUAAUUAACUAUAUUAUAAAAAUAUGUAUGUAUAGGCAUAAAGUUGAAAAUCGUCAAAAUAAUUCAAAUUAUUGGGGGUAACCUAACCUAACCUAACCUAACCUAAACUAACCUAACCUAACCAUACUAAAACCUAACCUAACCUAACCUAAUUCAAAUACAAUGGGAAGACAUUAGUGAAUACUUAUGUGUAUAAACUUAAUAUUAAUUAUUAAUAUUAAAAAAUAAAGCAAAUUUUAAGAAUAUGUUUAAAAUAUUAAGGAAGACAGAACGCAGUAUAAUAGAUGUACCAGCUACUAUACUAUAUUUUACAAAACUAAAUAAAAUAUUAAUUGUACUAAAAAGU